GGCCGAAGACCCCUGCGCGGACACGGACUUUGUCUUCAGGGGCUGGUGCUUUGCCCUUCCCGGUUUCCGGCGGGAUUCCAGAAGAGCCGGCGUGUGCCUCUCGGCCUUCCAACCUUUCUCUCACAAUGUCCAAGAUGCCGGCCAAGAAGAAAAGCUGCUUCCAGAUCACCAGUGUCACCACGGCCCAGGUGGCCACUAGCAUCACCGAGGACACCGAGAGUCUGGAUGACCCGGACGAGUCCCGUACAGAAGACGUUUCCUCCGAGAUAUUCGACGUUUCCCGGACCACGGAUUACGGCCCUGAGGAGGUCUGCGAGCGCAGCUCCUCCGAAGAAACGCUCAACAAUGUUGGGGACGCAGAGACGCCGGGGACCGUCUCUCCAAACCUCCUUUUGGAUGGGCAGCUGGCGGCCGCCGCUGCUGCUCCCACCAACGGAGGAGCAGCCGUUUCGGCCCGCAACGUGGCUGGGGCUCUGGCCAGUACCCUGGCGGGAGCUGUCCCAACAGCUCCCGCCUCGGGGGCAUCGAGCGGCCCCUCUGCCGCGGGCAUGUCUGCCGGGCCUGGGACCGCCGCUCCAGCGCAGCCUCCCACCACCUGUAGUUCCCGUUUUCGCGUGAUCAAGCUGGACCACGGGAGCGGGGAGCCGUACCGGCGCGGCCGGUGGACGUGUAUGGAAUACUAUGAGCGCGAUUCCGACAGCAGCGUCUUGACCCGGUCCGGGGAUUGCAUUCGACACAGCAGUACUUUUGAGCAGACUACGGAUCGGGACAGCGGCCUGGGCGCCACCGGGGGGUCAGUGGUGGUAGUGGUGGCCGCCGUGCAGGGGGCGCAUGGGCCCGACUCGGGCACUGACAGCUCCUUGACUGCUGUGUCACAGCUACCCCCGUCGGAGAAAAUGAGCCAGCCCCAGCCACCGAGUUUUGGUAUUGGGCCGCCGCCACCCGUAGGUGGGGCUGUGGCUCCGAGCGUAGCGCCACUGCCGCCGUUCCCCGGGGCUGCUGGCGGGCCGCCGCAAAUGCUGGCCACUCCGCUGCCCAGCCAGCUCCAGGCGGUGGGACCCGGCAUCGCGCCGCAUGGGCCCAAUGGACAGGCACUGCAGCAGACAAACGUAACCCUGGCGCCACCCGGCAGCUCCGCGGCGCCGCAGCCCCAGCAGUUCGCGUACCCCCAGCCACCUCUGGCGCCGGCGCAUUUGCUGCCCAGCCAGCCUUCUGGCCCGAGUGACUACCUGCAGCAGCACGUGGCCGGCCUGCCGCCGCCCUCAUCCACCAGUGCCGGCCCCCCUACGGCGGCCAGCCUGCAGCUGGGCGCCACUUCCCAGGCCAGUGAAGCCGGGGCCUCGGGAGGCGCGGGGACGCCCGGCCUGGGCCUUCCCGGGGUGACACAGCUCCCUCCUGGGCUUCCGCCUCAGAUGGGCGGCGGAUCUCACGCCGCGGUACCCGGAGUUCCCAACGUGCCUGCAGCCGUGCCCGCUCCCAGCGUGCCUAGUGUGUCUGCCACUUCUGUUACUAUGCCAAAUGUACCAGCGCCGUUGGGCCCCCCGCAGCUGCCCGGUGGUAGGAGCGCCAGCGUCGUCGCGCACGUCGGAUUGCCUUCGGCGCCUGGCGCCCCCAGCGCCCCAACGAGUCUACCGCAAGCCGACCCCAGCCAGUUUCAGACUCAGACCCAGCCUUUAGUCGGGCAAGUGGACGAUACUAGAAGAAAAUCUGAACCCCUACCUCAACCACCACUUUCUCUCAUUGCUGAAAACAAGCCUGUUGUGAAGCCGCCUGUUGCAGAUGCUCUGGCCAACCCUCUCCAGUUAACACCUAUGAACAGUCUCACCACCUCUGUGUUCAGCAUAGCGAUUCCUGUCGAUGGGGAUGAAGACAGGAAUCCUUCAACUGCUUUCUACCAAGCUUUCCAUUUGAACACCUUUCAGGAAUCAAAGAACCUCUGGGAUAGUGCGUCUGGGGGAGGUGUUGUAGCCAUUGACAACAAAAUAGAACAAGCAAUGGAUCUGGUGAAAAGCCAUUUGAUGUAUGCAGUGAGAGAAGAAGUAGAAGUUCUAAAGGAACAAAUAAAAGAAUUAGUUGAAAGAAACUCUUUACUUGAACGAGAAAAUGCACUGUUAAAAUCUCUUUCAAACAAUGAUCAAUUAUCCCAACUCCCAGCUCAACAGGCCAAUCCUGGUAGCACUUCUCAACAACAAGCAGUGAUAGCACAGCCUUCUCAGCCAACGCAACCUCCACAGCAGCCGAAUGUCUCCUCAGCAUAAAGCUUUCUUGCCUCAUUAAGAAAAAAACUGAAAGCAAUCUAUCCUGUGUGCCACUGGUAUUCUUUCCACUUUAUACGAAAGCAAGUAGCCAUGCUUCGGUUAUGUGUUUGGCCUUUUCAGUAUUAGACAAUCAUUCUACAAGAGCUUUCCCUCUCUUUGAGAUGUCAUGCAGCACUGUUGAUGUUCAGUUAUGUGUCAUCAGUACAAAAGGAGACCAAUAGAUGGGGUUUAUUAAUGGGAGCAAAGUCUGCAUUUUACCUGGUGCGCAUGAGUGGGGUCUUUAAGAGCAUUGGUGGCUCUCCCAUGUUUCUGAUUACCCACGGAUUACCCUGAGCCUUUCUACCACAUUAUAAAUAACAGUUCAUUUAAAGAGCCACUUUUCUUUCAAUAUCAGUAACAUUUGCCUACAUAAGUUUUCAUUUAUUUGUGUUUUAUUUAUUACAGGGCUGCUAUUUUCAUAAUGUACAUGAACAAUGUCACAGAACUUUUUUAAUUUUUUAAAAUAUAAGUAUCAGUAAAGGAAUUGAAAGACAGGAUUGCAUUUAAUAGACAAAAUGUUCAGGCAAUAAUUAAACAAAAGAAUCCUGCCAUAUUUCUAACACUAAUGGCAAUUUACCUUCGGUAUUUAUUUUCAGUAGUAAAGACCCAGCUUGAAUGUAAAUUUUGUAUAGUGUAAGUAUGAAGACCAUAGUGCAACUGUACAGGUAGUCACCAGUUAUUGUGAUAUAAUAAAUAAUUGGGCUAUUUUGAUGAAGAAAACUUUGUUCAUUUGUUUCUACUUUCUAAUAGCGAAAUUGCCACGAUUCCUCUGCUUUUUGACAUUUCGUAUGACUUUUUUUUCGGGUGGGAAUAAAAAGCUGUGAAAUUGUUCAACCUACUUUGUAACCAAAGAAGCAAAGCUGUGUAAUGGAGUUUUUUUGUUUUGUUUUGUUUUUUUAUAUAAUGCACAUUCUUUAUGUAUUUUUUAUUUAGUGUUUUCUUGGUCACAAUUUUCUUUGCUGUCUAGCAUGAUCUGCAUGACCUAUAAUCUUUGAACCACUUUCGUACCUCAUGUUUUUAUCCAGCACUCUUAUUGUAAUAUGUACUAGUCUGUGAACAAUGUUAAAUAAAAAAAGAACGAACAGGUGGUAUGGUGGAGCUGAGCUAGUGUAUUGUACACUAGUUGUAAAAAAAAAAACAAACAAAAAUGAAGUGAGCCAUCUUUUGUUCAUUUAAAAUGGUGUUUUGAAUUUCGUAUGCAGAAACCGUUUUUGUUACAUUGCAGAUUUUAAUGUAUUUAAUAAAUGCAACAUGCAGAUUAAGUGCAGUGUAUACUGAGUAUUUAAAUUAAAAUGUACAUUUCAUAAAUACAGUUUCAAGAGAAAGCAUCAUUUUGUGUAUACUAACACAUUAAGUGUAUGUCAGAAAUUGAUGUAUAAAUAUAUAUUUUAACACAUUUUCUGAAAUUAAACUGCAGUUUUGUUG